AUGAGCAAGCAAGUAGACGUACUCUUGAAGAGUAUAUUACCCGGUACAUGUUCAGAUCUUAUUCUAAACAAAAAUCCAAAAUUAAAAGCAAAAUUAUAUUCGCCACAUUUCCAGGGCCUCGCAACACCUAUCGGUGAAUUCUAUACCACUAUUCCGGCUUUUGAAUAUAUUUAUGGUAUCGUAUGUAGUAUUCAAGGUUUGCCUCCUGCAAAAUUUACCGUCAAAUCGUCAGAAUUAGUUCACAUAACGUAUGAUUUAUCUAAAUAUUUGUUGUUUAUGACAAAUAAAAUACCAUAUGGAACAAGUGAUAGAGAAGAUCAAAGUAAUGUUGUUUGUAGACAAUUGCAUCUUCAGUUAGCAUUUGUCGAUCCAAAUGUACAUUGCAAGCAUGUAGGAAGAAGUGGUGGUGGUGCAUGCACAGAUAAAACAGCGCAAUCCUAUUACAAACGGCCGGACGUUCUUAAAUGUGCGUAUAAACGACCAUAA